ACCAUGAAUCUCCAUCACAUCCAUGCACAGCACUCACAUCCCUCUGUCCUUGAUGGAAGUCCGUCUCCUAGGCCUGAGGGAGGGAGGGAGACAGACAAUAAAUGAAAUACAGUACCCAAAGCCAUACUGCAUACACAUGUGUCUCUCCUACAUGAGAGAAUUGGCGUGGCGGCGGCAGAAUGGCAGGCUCCGGGGCACUCGGCAUCCCCACAGCAACAGCCCUCCUGCUGGUCUGCUCAACGAAUCCCUGCCUGAAUGCGAUGGCCGCCCUCUUCGCGCCCUCAAAGCCCAGCACCUCACAAUCGAACAAGUAUGUAUCGCUGCCUCGUGGUCUGCCCGUGAUGUCGGAACACUCGGCCACAAACCUGCUGUUGCCCGGGUCAUAGAACACGCCGCCGUUUGGUGGACUCCGCGGGUAGGAUCGCGGGCGGCUCUGAGGCUGCACGGUCUGAUCCGGCUUCCUCUUUAGAGGUGUGUCAGCACUUGGAUCGAAGACGACCUGAGAGACACAGAGGCGAGUGUGCAUUGGAGGUAUGCGGUCUCCCGGCGUGAGCUCACCUUCUUCCUGCGCUGUCGUUUCCCCAGAGGGGCCUCCGUAGCCUGGCAGCAAACAAAAGAGGUAAUGAGACACGCCAUGGGAGACACGGCUUGAUCCCUGUUCUCACCUGAGAUGCUGAGGCCCCUGCUCCUCCUCCCUCCUCCUCAUCCCCAUUCCCAGCAGCGUCAUUGGGCUCGUCUACACAUGGGGCCGUCUCUUGUUCAGCCUUGCCGGCAAGAAUCGUCAGUGACUUGAGGGCUUUGUCGAAUGCAGCCUUCACCUCGUCCCUCCCUGCUUCGCUCGGCAGCACCCUGCCCGUCCACUGCUGCCCAGUCGCGUUGGCCCUCCCGACAAAGCGGCGCUGGCCCGCAUCCCAUUCGAUCGAGAUGUCGGCGCGAUUGCGGAAGGGCUUCAACAGGCUAUCGGCAAUGCGAUUCAGAUAGACAGGAUUCUGCUUGUCGAAGACGCGCUUCUUUUCUGAUCCGCAGCGAGGUGCGAAGGGCUCUGACACUGCAAGGAUAGAUGUGGUUGGUCUGAGAACGUCCAUGGGAUCAGGGCCCUCCUCCUCCUCGCUGUCUGGAUGAGACGAAGAGGAGGGCGUCAGGGGCGUGCCGUCAGAGGAAGAUUGGCUCGAUGGCUGUCCUCUCGGCUGCAUGCACUGGUAGUCAACAUCCAUCCCAGCCCCGUCACUGAAACCGUCAAUCAACCUGCCGUAUCCCUUCCACUCCUGCAGCCCGAUAUCGACGGCCAUCUCGUUGCGGGCGACGAUGGCCGAGCGGAGAGUGUGGAAGAGGGGCACGCCAGAAGUCAGAUGAAACAGCUCCAGUACCACAGGCGUCCCCUGGCCGCGGUGACAGGUGGCGACAAAGCAGUCCUGAUGGCACACGAAAGAGAGGGCAAGUUGAAUGCGUCCCAUGUACACUCGUGAGCGUGGGCUUACUCACCGGGUCAGUGCGGAACUCCACACUGGCAUGAGCUGAACACAGCACGGAUAAGUACUUCAAGGAAGUGCAAAUGCAAGACUGGUUUCAUUCGUACCUUCUUCUGGCGAUGUUGAUGCAUCGUCUGCGAAGUGUGUAGAGAGCCUGGCGACGAGAUGGCUGCAGAGCCGCCGAUGCAGAAUCUCUCUCUCCAUCGGCGACUCGCUUUUCUCUCUUCCCCUGCGGGGGGCAAGCGACCUCCCUCAGAUUUUCAUAUAAAUGGGUCUGC